UGAUCAUCUAAGCCCUCGAACAAUGAUUAUCGGAGGAUGAGACCCGUCAAAUUUUGCAUCACUCCAAGUCCUCGUUGGACCAUCCGGAUAGCAACCCUUCCUGUCCCCUGCGCUGCGCUAAUUGGCUGGAAAUAUGCAUACUCAUUGACAUCAACCUCCUGAUAUUUUCAAACUCAGCUACUUACUUGUACUCGCUACUCGCUACUUGCUCGCUACACUAUCGAAGAUCUGAUGCAUCAGGCUUUAUGUGUCUCGGAAAUCCUCCUGGAGAUAUCCAGUCAUCUGACUGAUCAUGAAGUCUUUCACCAAUUCUUAAGCUCAAGCUGGACUUUUAAAUCACCAAUGCGGAAAUCUCUUACAGCGCUCGCCAGCACAUGCAAAACCUUCCACGGGCCUGCGAUGGAUUCGCUCUGGUCUAAUAUCUUGGGGUUAGAACCGCUAUUUAGCUGUGUGACGAGGCUGCAUCCAAUAUUAACAUACGAUCCUAGUAACGAGACCAAUUACUCCCGGUCCGCUUCCUGGUCUCGGGGCGUUGACCCAUUAACCGAGCAUGAGAUCCAUCAAUUCUCGCGUCAUUCUACGCGUGCGCGCAACAUCUACAUGCCAACCCUGACUGGCAUUCAUUUUCACCUUCUUACGGCCUUCCCCGUCGAGACAUGUAUGUUCCCGCAACUGCUGUCGUUACGCUGGGGUGAAGGCAUGAAUACCGCACCCUUGCACAUUUUCCUGUCCCCUACGCUGCGCCAUUUGGUUACAUUGGACCUUCAUUCAGAUUUGAAAUAUAUUGGGACGCGUUGUGCUGCCCUGGAGGUGUUAACGGCGUAUACCUACCAGGAUGCCAGAAGCCCAGUCCAACUGUCUGAAAUAGUCCGUUCAUGCAAGCGGCUCAAACAUCUGGAUUGUCAUCUGCUCGAUUCCGCAGGAUGGAUGCACCUCUCCACCGUCCCUACGCUUCUAACGGUGCAGUUUACCGCAUUGUACACUAUCCAUGGCGUGUUGGGGUGGGACAAGCUUGAUAUUGCACCUUUCCUCAACCUCACUACUCUUUAUUUCCAUGGAGGAGACAUGGAAGACAUCCUCGCGAUCAUACAUUAUUCCGAAUUUCCCUCGCUAAAAACGUUCAAAAUGGAGAUCAACGUUUUACCUUGGGCGCAGGCUGAGCAGCUUUUUUGUGCACUAUCACAGUGCAAAGCAAGCCGGACCCUUGAAGAUAUCGACAUUACUACCUAUGGUCGAGUGCAGGAGGACGCAGACAACUCUUGGACGGCAGUUAGACAGUUGGUUUGCUUUACGCAACUGCGAAGGCUAAAUUUAUAUGCUCAUUGCCCCAUCUACCUUGACAAUGACCUUUUUUUUGAGGCAAUGUCAAAUUGGCCGCACAUCCACACCCUUUUUUUAUUGUGGCAGCAUCCUUCUCCAUCUACUACCCUUUCAUUGGGGCAGUAUCCUUCUCCACCUACUACCCUUACAUUCCGCGGGUUAUCCGCAGCGCUCCGUCAAUGUCCCCACUUGGAAGACUUAUCGGUAUAUAUCGACCCUCAGAAUGUCGAUUUCGAUCCUGAAGGCGAGUCAUUUCAACACACGUGCCUGAAAAGUUUGAGUCUGGACUCGUCCGCGGAACUAUCAUCGGAUGAGGAAGCUGUCGCUCGCAUCAUUUUCUCCAUGUUCCCUUGCGUCGAACGAGUUUUCACUGGAGACAGCUAUCCGUGGUUCUGGGGCGAGGUCAACACGUGUCUCGAAUCUCUUAGAAAAGGGGCCUGCCUUAGCGCUUGGCCUGCGUAAUGCAGGAGCAGCCCCACAUGUCUGAGUUCAAGGUAUACUCGCGUUCAAGAAUUGUCAGUUGCCAUUUCCUCCGCAAUGUUAAUCCCUUCCGUCAAUCGAGUUGUGUUGCUAAUCACUGGGCACUUCGCUUGCGUCUGGGACGAGGUCAAUAGGCAUCUGCAGUCUUUUUAGAUCAAUGACCUGAGUUCGAGAUAUACUCAUGCUGGGGCAAUUGUCUAUAUUGCAUUUGAUAUCAUGCCUUAGUACCCUGCUGUCGUC